AUGAAUAGGGACAUUCCAAUUAACAAGACCCUAACUAGCAACAACACAAAGGGUAAGUCACCCUCUUUGGUUAAUAAAAACUUACCUUUGAUAUCAAGUACAACAAUUGGGCUUGAUAAGAAACCCGUAUUAAGUUCUUUAAAAUUGCCUCUGGAUCCAGAUAACAGUGAUAACGAAACUAGACAUGAUACAGUCACAACAAAAAACAUGGGAAAUAAUAAAAAUAAUACAGAAGAAGAAAAAAAUGAUGUUAUAAGGUCUCCUGUAACCACUAGUAAUGAUAAUACACAGUCAAUAAGUAUAAAUACUGCUGCUAGGGGGAAAGAGCAAAAAGAAUUUACACAACCCAGACACAUAAAAGGUACGCUUCAUACGAAAACUACUGAUUUGACGUGUGCACCAGAAAUUGACAAAUCUUUGGAUCUGCCUAUAUCCAAAAUUCCAGCUUUAGAACCAUUGGGAACGACAGGGUCAGUGGAUUUUCGAUCAGUUAAACCAAUAGACUCCAAAAGAGUUAAUGAUAAUAAUAUAAAAGGGAAAACAUUCAAUCAAAUAAUUGAUUAUCCACAUAGUAUUUCUCAUAUUACAAACCCAGUGGAUUCUACCAGCACUUCGCCACUUUUGAAAAAACGUUCUAGUCUAACGGAUGAUGAUUUUAAUCUACCGGAUCUUGAAAAUACAAAUUAUAAAAACCCGGCUCAAAUCACAUGGUUAAAUGGACCAAAUGCCGUCCAGAGAUCGAGUAUUUAUGAAUCUAAAUCAUCGGUAACAGCGAUACCCAUUAGGACAUCAAGUCACAAAAAAAAUAGCGCUUAUACUAAUUACAGCGAAAAUAACACAGCUAAUAACCUAAGCAACAACAACUACAACAACAACUACAACAACAACUACAACAACAACUACAACAACAACUACAACAGCAACAACAAUAAUAAUAAUAAUAAUAACAACAACAGCAAUUUUAACUAUUACAACAAACAUAGGAAAAGUGUUGACUAUGAUGAUUUAACUUCUACUAAUAGUAUGUCAUCUUCAUUAACAGCCUCCUUUUCUAAAAAUUUUUUGCAUAGAUUUUAUAAAAACAAAAAAAAUAAAAAAAGAAAGGGUCAUAUUGGGUUACUAGCAAAAGAGUACUGGAUGAAAGAUGAAAAUUGUAAAGAAUGCUUCCAUUGCGGCAAAAGUUUUAACACGUUUAGGAGAAAACACCACUGUAGGAUUUGUGGUCAAAUUUUUUGUAGUAACUGCACUUUUUUAAUACGGGCGGAUAAAUUUGGCUACGAGGGCAAAAUUAGAUUAUGCAAAACCUGUUGGGAGCAUUGUGAAAAUGACUAUUUUGAUGAUUCUAGUGAUGAAGACAUUUCAUAUCAUGAUAGUGGAAGCACAGAUGAUCAAAUAGAUGUAUCCCCUGAACAACAUGUAGUGCUGCAACCGACGAUCUCACAGCAGCGCUUGGACGACAAAAUAUCGGGUCUGGACAAUUAUAAUGCUAACAAUUUAGAUUUCCAUGAUGGUAGCAUAAACAUAAAUAACGGGAAUUCCACUGACGUUGUGAGUUUAUUCGGUGCGGAUGAUUCUAGACUGUUAAUAGGUUCAAUAAGUCCGCCUCCUAAGAUGACUAUUCCUGCAACAAGACAAGGAGAAGCUCUAGAAAUUCCUUUUCUUGAUGUGAACCCUUUGCAAAUGGACAAUGGUAACACUAACAAUAACGACAACAGUGAUAUCGGAAUUUUUAAUAAUAACAACAAUAUUGGUAAUAGCAACACUUCCGACAACGUAAAUUAUAACAACAACGACAAAGAAUUUUACAACAUCGAUCAUUCUGAGUUCAGUAGUUCCAAUAACAGAAACAGAACCAAAAUGAACACUAAAGACACAUGUAGUUUAAAAGAUGUAGAUUUAAUGCCUUCAAUUGAUAAUCAUCGUCGUAGUAGUACAUUCAGUUCGCCUUCUCAAAAUAAACCUAUGCUUUCAUUACUAAACAAACAACUCAACUUUAUUGGCGGAAUUCAUAACGUAACAAAAAAUAUCAUAGGAGAAAACAAUACCAAUACACCUAAAAACGAAAAUAAUAACGUAUAUCACCCUCAUCAUCCUCAUCAUCCCUAUCCGUAUUCCAAUGUUCACUUUAAUCAUCAUAACACUAUUGAGUCAGUAUUAUAUCAGCCACAAGACCAUAGUUCAGUUAAAGCCAAAUUGACGAAUGGAAAUUUUAAAUUUGAAUUUAAUUACAGAUUAAACAAUCUGCACAAUUACUUAACACAGGGUGAACGUAAUAAUUCUAGAAAUAGUGAUAUCCAUAAUUACAAUAACCAUAAAGAUAUGUCCCCAGAUAUCAAAAAUGGGUAUCCAAAAACGCCAGAUCUCCAUAGAGUUUCCUCAGAAUUAUCCUUAUCGAAGGCAAACAAAAGUAAAUCUUAUGACACAACAAAUAUUUUGCACACUGAAAAAAAUGACUCAAAGGGUUCAAGUUCAGAAGAUGAAGGUUCAAUGUCUAUAUAUACAACUUUGAAUGAUACACAUCACAUUGAUCCAAUACAAUACAAUGGGUUACCUAGAAAUCUUAUUAAAUCAUCUCAGAGAGCUCAAGCGUCUUUACAAAGAAUGAGAACAAGAAGGAAAAGCAAAAGCAAAUCUAAUUCCUUUGUUAAUCGAAAAGAUAUGUCGAUAUUUAGUUAUAGUGCUCCAAACUUGUUUUCAAUCCUAUCAACUACUGAUAACAAUAAUAACAAUUCCCUUGGCAAUUCUACCCAUGGUGUUGUUAGCAAUAGGAAUAUAAAACCAAAUGCUAUUACCACUGCUAACAAAAUAUCAACAUCAGAAGCUAAUUUACGUAGUAAAAACGAGAAUCUGACAAGAGAUUUGAGAAGGGCCAUAAGUAGUUCUUUAAAUUCAAAAAAUAGAGGGACGGACCUGAAAUCUACUCUAAAUCAGGUCUCUAUCCAGCAUGUCAAGGCUUUAAUGAUCCAAGUUUUAAAUGAUCAGAGGGAUAUCGAUGUUGAUGAAUGGAUCAAAGUUAUAAGCCCCAUUUUACUCACACUAGAACAGAUUCAUGUUGAUGCCAAAAAUUCUGGUAACCUCGACUUUCGCCAGUAUAUUAAAAUCAAAAGAAUCCCCGGAGGCGAAAUAUCCGAUUCCAAAUUAGUUAAUGGAAUUGUUUUUUCCAAAAACAACACAUUAAAAAGCAUGCCCCGACUAGUAAAGCGACCUAGGAUUUUGAUCUUAAUGUUUCCAUUAGAUUAUCAAAAAAGUGAAAGUAAAUUAUUGAGUCUGGAUACCGUAAUGGCACAGGAAAAAGAAUAUUUGAAUAAACUAGUUUUAAGAAUCAAGAAUCUAAAUCCUGAUGUGAUAUUUGUUGGAGCUAAUGUUUCGGGUUAUGCUUUAAAUUUAUUACACAGAUCGGGCAUAGUGGUACAGUUCAAUCUAAAACCACAGGUACUUGAAAGAAUAGCGCGACUAUCCGAGGCCGAUGUAGCCAUUUCUGUGGACAAACUAUCAUCUAACAUCAAAUUAGGGAUUUGCGAGUAUUUCGAAUUGAAAUCUUUUAUUUAUGGGAACAUUUGUAAAACAUACACGUUUCUAAGUGGGUGCAACCCAUCUUUGGGAGGGACAAUCGUUUUACGUGGCUUAGAUAAUAGCAUUUUAAGGAACAUUAAAGAUACUGUUGAAUUUUUGGUUUAUGUAGUUUUCACCUUAAAACUAGAGUCAUCUUUAUUGAAGGAUGAUUUUAUUGAAGUAUUCGCAGCAAUUUACGACAAAUAUAUGUUACAAAAACAACAAUCCAAGGCCACUGGUUAUUUUUCAGGGUUUAUCGAUAAGUUUAAUCAAAGAAUUUUGUCUGUUUCCCCGUCAAUCGAAUUUCCAAUGCCAUUUUUAUUGCACAGGGCCAGAGAGUUGGAAAAUGAACUUAUUUCUAAAAUUCAAAUUAGAAAUAAUAUCCAGCAUAUGGUUUCAGAUGAAGAAUUAAUAGAGUUUGUGGAAAACAAUGAAUAUUUGAAGACUAUUAGCUCUUUUUCUCGUAUUCAGAAAAAGGAUCUCAAGCAUAUAAUAGAAUUCAUCCAAGACAAGGAAAUAGCCCAUUUGGACGAAAAGUUCGAAGUAAGGAAAAGGCAAUGGGAAUUUUUUUUUUCAUUGUCUUAUAAUAUGUUAGGCACAGGAUCUCAUCAGUCCAUGACUGUUUUAUAUUCUAUGGUUUCUAACAAAACAGGGACGCCAUGUAUAGGCCCUCAGCUGGUUACAAUUGACUACUUUUGGGAUAACGAUAUUACAAUAGGUCAGUUUAUAGAAAAUGUUGUUGCAACAGCUAAUUUCCCGUGUACUGGCGGUUGUGGUGGUGUAGUGCUUGAUCACUACAGGAGCUAUGUUCAUGGUACUGGGAAAGUAGAUGUUAUGAUUGAGAAAUUUCAAAGUAGGCUACCAGCUUUGAAAAACAUAAUUCUGAUAUGGAGUUAUUGUAAGAAAUGUAAAAUAUCAUCACCAAUUUUGCAAAUGAGUGAAAAAUCGUGGAAUUACUCGUUUGGGAAAUAUUUGGAACUAAUAUUUUGGAGUAUUCCCGAAGUGAUGGGUGGCUUGGGUAAUUGUAUGCAUGAUGUCACCAAGGAACAUGUCAAAUAUUUUGGGCUAAAUGAUAUUGUUGUACGUAUGGAUUAUUCUCCCAUUGAUAUACAUGAGUUAAUAACACCGGGGAACAAGAUUACUUGGAAACCAAAUUCUGAUAUCAAGAUUAAAUUUGAGCUACAAGAAAAGGUACUUUGUAAGAUUAAUGAUUUUUAUCAAAGCGUGAUGAGUAGACUAAAUAGAGUCAAGUUGGAUGGUAACACGCAAGAAGAUAUCAUGGAACAAGGUACGAAGAGGGUCGAAAAGUUAAAAGCAGUGGCAAGGGAGGAAAAACAGCAAUUGCUAGAAAUGUAUGACGAAAUUAUGAAAACUACUUCGAGUGACAACCAUUUGGGCUUAAAUGCAGUUAUUCGUAGUUUACAUGAUUAUUCUGUGGAAUGGAUCAACGAAUUUGCUGAUUUUGAAAAAAAGUAUUUGCCCUCCGAAAAGGAUAUUGCAAGAAUCACGGCUUUCCAAUUGAAAAAAUUAUUUGGCGACAAUUUUAAAACCGAGGAUAAGGCUCUUGAAAAGAAGAGCAUUGCACUCGCUGAAAAAACCAGAGAAAAACAAUCAAAACAGCACGAAAAUGGUAGCAUAGAAAGUGACCCAUCCGCUGCUUUAAUGGAAAAAUCUGAGACAACAAGGGAACAGAAAUGCAAUGAAUUAACUUCUAAAAAAAAUGAAUAUAAGGAUGAAAAUGAUAAAAAGGAUGAACGUGGUUUUAAACAGGACGAGGAUGCUAAGCUUUCUGAAUUGAAUAAGUCCUCUAGUUCCAUCCCAGAUAAUGGAUUAGACUCCGCUGCGGGUGAAAAUGGCUUGUUUGUUCACCCAGAAAAAUUUGCAGACAAACAGUCUGCAUUGCCAGAAAACAGGUUAAUACUAAACAAAAAUAACACUAGUAAUACUAUUACUGCUACUACCAACAACAGUAAAAACGAUGUUAUUAAUAAAAGUAGAGAUAACAAUACUAACAAUGUGGGGAAAUUGGCGUCAUUUUUUGAUCAAAUGUAUUUUGAUGCCUUAUCCAAAGAAUUUGAACAUCAAAGAGAAUUGGAAAGAUUACAAAUUAACAAGAGAAAUUAUAAAGCUUUACGUACUGAAACAUCUAAACCCAUUGUUGAAAUUUAUCAGGACGUCAAAGAUGCAGUUGACGAACCCUUACACGUAUCAGCAUCAUCGACUAUAUCCUCAAAUGAAAACUUUAAAAUUGCAAAUAAAAAUGGCGGUGAUAAGGGAAGACCCAAUAUUAGCAACAAUAUUUCCACCAAUAAUGUCAAUAGCCCUAUCCAGGAAAACGGAACUGUAGAAAAAUCUAGUGAAUCCACUGCAUUACAAAGGUCGAUUCAUAAAUGGGAAGAGACUUUAGUACAUCAACGCGGUGAGGGUGAAUGCCCAACUUUUGAUGUAAGAGAUCGCGUAACUGCACCUGAUUCAUACAGCAAAGAACAGAUGAUGCAGGAAAAUGAUACUGAGGGCUCAAUAUCAGAAACAAAAAGCAAAACGACUGCUACUGAGAAUUCGCAUAACACUGAAAUUGAUAGCAAGAAUAAUACAGCAGAAUCUAGCAAUGAGGAGGACGAUACCAGUGAUGAUAAAGAGUCUCCACAACAGCAUGAGAAGACAUCUUUGUUAAAUAUUUUAUCAAAUUUUUGGGCUGAUAGGUCUGCUACGUUGUGGAAACCCUUAGCUUAUCCAUUAGAAACUAAUGAACACAUUUUUAUUGAUAGCAAUGUUAUCAUAAGAGAUGACGAACCAACAUCUUUAAUUGCAUUUUGUUUGAGCACUGCAGAUUAUCUACAAAAACUAAAGAAAACUUACACCAAUAGUGGCGUCAAUGCUGAUGGCGAAUCCAGCGGUAAGGAAAAACAAACUAAGAAAGAAGAACCAAAGAAUGCCUCUGGAAUGGAAACAGACACUACAACGGUAGAUCAUCAUGAAAAGGAUGUGAAAUCAGACCAGAUAAAUGACGAAAACAGUGUUAUACUUGACCAAAUGGAGAAAUCGAAUGAAACACUAAGUCGGAAAAAUCCUGGUAACAAUGGUGGCACUAUUAAUAACGAUACGAACCUCCAAAAUGCAUUGAAUUUAGAACAAGAAAACAACAUCAAUAAUAAUGAUAAUACUAAUACUACCACUGCUGAUAUUAAUAAUAACAACAACAACAACAACAACACAGCACCUCCCCAAAAUGAUCCUUUGCUACUGGAGAGUAUAUUAACGAAACAGACUGCCAUGCAUUUAAGAUACCAGUUUCAAGAUGGUACUGUCGUUAUGUCGUGCAAAAUAUUUUUUGCAGAGCAGUUUGAUGCCUUCAGGAAAGCUUGUGGGUGUGCUGAUAAUUUUAUACAAAGUUUAUCUAGAUGCGUCAAAUGGGAUAGUAGUGGCGGAAAAAGCGGAAGUGCAUUUUUGAAAACAUUAGAUGAUAGAUUAAUUAUUAAGGAAUUGUCGCAUUCCGAAUUGGAUGCAUUUACUAGAUUUGCACCAAACUAUUUUCAAUACAUGAGCCAAGCGAUGUUUCAUGAUUUGCCUACCGCCUUGGCUAAAAUUCUAGGGUUUUAUCAAAUACAAAUUAAAAAUACAAAUACAGGGAAAACAUUUAAAAAAGAUGUUUUGCUUAUGGAAAAUUUAUUUUAUGAAAAGAAAACUUCACGAAUUUUUGACUUAAAAGGUUCUAUGCGUAAUAGACAUGUGGAACAAACUGGGAAAGAAAAUGAAGUCUUAUUAGAUGAAAAUAUGGUUGAAUAUAUUUAUGAGUCACCAAUAUUUGUUCGAGAAUAUGAUAAAAAAUUGUUAAGGGCUUCAUUAUGGAAUGACACUUUAUUUUUGGCGAAAAUGAACGUCAUGGACUAUUCCUUAGUUAUAGGUAUCGAUGACGAAAACCACAAGUUGACUGUAGGUAUCAUUGACUGUAUUAGAACAUUUACUUGGGACAAGAAGUUAGAAAGCUGGGUAAAAGAAAAGGGUUUUGUGGGGAAUAGUACCAAAGAACCUACGAUUGUAACACCUAGACAAUAUAAAAAUAGAUUCAGAGAAGCUAUGGAAAGGUAUAUUUUGGUUGUUCCAGAUCCAUGGUAUAGAGAAAAUUCUAAUCAACAGCAAGCUAAAUAG